AUGAGCCUGCUACUCGCCGCCUCCGCCAGCGCCGCAGCAUUCCUCGUUCCUCACGCCACGCACCCGCUCGCCCUUGCCGGCCGCUCGCGGCGGGCAGCAGACGCUGUGAGUACAAUAGCAGUCUUUGGUGCGUCGGGUCGCACUGGCAGCGAGGUGGUGCUUCAGGCGCUGGAGCGCGGCGAGGAGGUCAGCUGCCUAGUCCGCGAUCGAAUCCGGUUGACGGCGCCACGAGACCAUGCCGAGAUGGACCUCCGCAAGGGGUCGAUGCACAAUUUCAGCCCCUAUAUGAACGACAAGAUGGUAAGGACGGAGGGUUCGGUGCUCAACCGCGCGGAUGUGGAUGACGUCUUCGAUGGCAACAAUAUCACGGGCGUGGUCGUCGCGCUCGGUGGCAAGACACGGGAGGUCGGGCCGACGCUGCUUUUCGAUGGCACGACCCACAUAAUUGCGGCGUGCAAAGCGCACGGCGUCAAGCGCAUCUGCGUUGUCUCGACUGUUGGGGCGGGCGACUCCAUGGACCAGGCGCCAUGGACCUUCAAGCUCCUGAUGAAGACGAUGAUGCAGAAAAUCAUGGACGACAAGAAUGCGCAGGAGGGCCUCUUCUUGGACGGGCCCGGCGCCGACCUUGAGUUCUGUAUCGUGCGCCCCGGCGGCCUCAAGCAGGGCGCUCCGACCGGCAUCGUGAACGUGAUCGAUGGCGAGGCAGGUGCCAUCAACCGUGCCGACCUGGCGGCGUUCUGCUUGGAUGCGGUCCUCGAUCCCGACUUCGCGCAUCUCCAGCAAGCAGUCUGCAUCUCGAGCGAUAUGGGCAGCGGCUUCAAAAGCCUGAUGUCUGACAAGACGAUGUCACGCAUGGGCUCGGAGCUGGCGCGCCCACUUGAGGACGCAAACCCGUUUGGGUUUUAG